AUUUGCAGGAAUGGCGGGCGCUUGGUCAUCUAGUUGUUGCAAAGGAUGCUCUUCUACUAGCUGUGCGUGUGGCGGUGACAAGGGCAAGUGGGGCGACUCCUCUCUGUUGGGCAGGCGGCUCUCGGAAGAUUCGGGCCGUCACCAACUGCUGCGGAAGUGGGCAAACAUGUGGAACUCCGUGAGCGGGGACGCGUCGGUGGCCUGUGUAGAGGGGACGCGACGCGAGGAGGCUGCAGAACCCGCCGAGGAGGAGGACAGGCCGCUGGUGUUUCUGUGCUCCGGCUGCAGGCGGCCGCUGGGCGACUCGCUGAGCUGGGUGACGAGCCAGGAGGACACCAACUGCAUCUUGCUGCGCUGUGUUUCCUGUAAUGUUUCUGUGGAUAAGGAACAGAUACUAUCCAAACGUAAAAAUGAAAAUGGUUGCAUUCUGGAGGCUUUGUCCUGCACAGGAUGCUCACUCAGGCUUGGCUACAUAUACAGGUGCACACCCAAGAACCUAGAUUACAAGAGAGACUUGUUUUGCCUCAGUGUUGAAGCCAUUGAAAGUUAUAUUUUAGGGUCCUCGGAAAAGCAAAUUGUGUCAGAAGAUAAAGAACUUUUUAAUCUUGAAAGCAGAGUUGAAAUAGAAAAGUCUCUAAAGCAGAUGGAAGAUGUUUUGAAAGCAUUACAAACAAAGCUGUGGGAGGUUGAAUCAAAAUUGUCCUUUACCAGUUGCAAAAGCUGAAAUCUCUUCCACGUGCCCCGCUCUGGACUCCCUGCUGAUGGACACUUCUUUCAUAUGUAGCAAUUCUGGUUAUCAUUUGAUUUCACCUAGAAUGGAAGGAAUUCUCAGUGGCCGUAUGUAUAUGUGGUAUUCUCUUGUAUUGAUCAAGUGAGAAGGAUUGUAGAAUUACUUCUAUGAUAUAGUCAGUGGUAAAGAAAUGGUUGUUUCCCGAAGUUGAAUUUCAAAGCCAUUUUAUGAUACUUGCUGAAAUUGGAAUUUAGUAGUUUUUGCUUUGAUAAGAAACCACCAUGAUUUUCUGAACUGUUAUCUCUGUAUCGAAUUCAUUCUUCAUUUCCUUUAAAAAAUAUUUAUUCAUCUUUAAUACUUUGGGAAAUAUUUAGUAUUGAAUGGCAUGAAAAUCUUAGAGGUUUUUCCACCCACUGUGUGAUUGAAUCUCUCUGAAAACAGAAACAUAAAGCUCUCUGAAGAAACUGGUCCGUUGAAUUACUUGUCAGAACUGUUUGAAAACUUGCAUAGGAGCGGGAUAGCAUGUAUUCUGGUGGUAGUAGAAUUCCACUUGAUCUGUUUGUUUACUACUCUGUGCCCCACAAAAUCUGGAGUAA